AUGUCCGCAAACCCCAUCCAGGAAUAUGGCUUCACCCCCGUGCCGUCCUCGGCGGAGAAGCUGAUCGACCAAGCCAUGUGGCAUCGCGGCACUCCCCCGGCGGCCCUCGUGUCGGCCACGCCCAUUCCCGACACUCCUCUGGCGCAUCGCAUUCAGACCUACGCCCGAACGCACCUGCCCCAGCCCACCUUUCAUCACAGCAUGCGCGUCUAUCACCUCGGACUGGCCAUCAGGUCGCAUUUCUUCCCCGAAUGGCGCUUCUCCGACGAGACCUACUUCCUCGCCUGCGUGCUGCACGACAUCGGCACGAGUUCGGAGAACCUUGGUGCCACGCAUCUCAGCUUCGAGUUCUACGGCGGCUUCCUGGCCCUGGACGUGCUGCAGCGGGCGGAUGACGGGUCCGAGGCAUCGGCCGUCAGCCCCACGGCUCAGGCCGAGAGUGUCGCGGAGGCGAUCAUUCGGCAUCAGGAUCUUUGUCAGGUCGGGUCGAUCACGGCCGUGGGCCAAUUGAUCCAGCUGGCGACCAUCUUUGCAGACAACACCGGCAUGCAUUCGCAGCUGGUGCAUCCUGACACGGUCCGCGACGUCAACCAGCAGUUCCCCCGAAUGCACUGGGGCGGCUGCUUUGCCAAUACGGUGCGCCAGGAGAUUCGGGUGAAGCCCUGGGCCCAUACGACCACUCUCGGCGAAGACGAGUUCCCGGCCAAGAUCUUGCGCAACCCUCUAGACGCCGAGUUUGAGCAAUGGCAAGUCGUGGUAGCAUGUCUAUACGUCAACAAGGGCCUCGGGUGGGAGUAUAUAUAUAACUCGAACCACGAGAGGAACGACUUCCCCAUCCCACAAUGUGACGAUCGUGCAGAAGGCCCCAAAAACCUUGCGAGCUCGGGGGCCGAUGCCCGACUAGGAAAAUGGGGACGUCAUCAGGCUGGAGGCCUACAGUCCCGGAGCCGCGUCAGUCGGCGAUGCCUGCUGCCACCACGGGCUACAAAUACGACCUACGAUCCGGAUGGUUCUCGUCCAUCGCGAGAACCAUCAUUGCAUCUUGAUCAUGAUCUUUUUAGUUAUCUUGUCGUGACCAUGGCUAUUACGGAGCUGGCGCUCGUGCGUCUCAAGUCGCCCGACGACUCCACCACGCGGUCGGGAAUGCUGGCCGCCAUCGAAGCGCAGGCCGCCUACUCCACCUUCCCCGUUUAUCUCCUCACUCAGAUCGAAGACCCUUCCUACGUCUAUAUCGUAGGCGGAUGGGCGUCGACGGCGACGCACAUGCGGGACUGGAUCGCCAGCGAGGCCAACCAGAGGCUGCUGACGGCGCUACAGGACCAGGUCGAGGUGUGCUGGAUGAUUCAUGUGGACAUUGACCCGGGCGACUGGAAACGAAUUGCCCCGGCGGGCGCGAGUCGCCCAGACGCACCGGAGCCCGACGAGCGCGUGCCGCUGGACGCGCCGGUCCUGGCAAUCGGCCGUUACUUCAUCGCGGACGGUCGGAAGGAGGACUUUCGCCGCACCUUUGAUGCGACGAAAAGGCACCUGCAGCAGUUUGCGGCGCCGCAAGCAGCACUCGGCGGAUGGCGCAUCGAGCCGCAGGAGACGACGGCAGGGGGAGCGACCAAGGAGGAAUUCGUGCUAUUGAGCGGCUGGACGGAGGUGCAGCAGCAUGUGGACUUUGCGGAGUCGGCGGGAUACCAGGAAUUCGGACGGAUCAAGGAGGCGUUGGAGGGAGCGGAGAUCAAGCACGCGAGGGUGUGGACGAGGACGGACGGGUAG